CAAUUAAAUGAAGUACAAAGUCACGCAUAUAAAUAUAUAUGCAAGUUCUUUUCCACGCUCAUUCAUCAUUUUUCAUAGAUCAAGGAAAUAAUUAAACACAAUUAAUUAUAGAAAUGGAUGCUUCAUCAUUAACCUCAAGCCUAAGAAUUUCCAAUUCAAACCAAUUUCAUUACCUUCCACAACUCUCAAACAAACAACAAAGACCAUGUGAAGUGCACUUUACAAUUUCAUGCAAAGCAACAAAGCUAAAGAAUAUGGAGGAAACCAAGCAUGGAUCAAAUUUCUACAAAAUGUUAUCCGUGAAUCCAAAAAAUGCAACAAUGGAAGAGAUAAAGAAAGCUUAUAGAUCAAUGGCACUUCAAUAUCACCCCGAUGUGUGUCAUGAUCCUAACAUGAAAGAGGAAUCAACGAGGAUGUUUGUUCAACUAAACGUAGCUUACAAGACUUUGUCAAAUCCUAUGCUCCGUGAACAAUAUGAUAGUGAAUUGGGUUUGAAAAACAAUAUGGUUAUUAAUAAUAUUGUUAGUGAAGAGAUGUGGAGAAGUAGGUGGCAAGAACAAAUUGUUGAGUUGAAGAAAAGGUCUCGUAGACGUAUGGAACAAAAAGAAGGGUCUUGGGGUAGUAGAAUGAGGACACAAAACAUGAAAGAUAGUUACUAAUUUCAUUUUUCUUUCUCUUCUUGUGAAUUGUCAAUAGCUUGUUGUUAUUUUCUUUGAACUAUAUAGCUUGAUUUUAUAGGCAUUGAUUCUUUCAUUUAUAAUAUAUAUUUAACCUAUAAUUAUUCUAUCCGAUACAAUAUCUUUGGGCAAGAGUUUGGUCAGCUCUCUGCACUAUUUCAAAAUUCAAAUGUGUAAUCCAUUAGUA